AUGACCGCCGGCCGCCGCUCGCAUUCAUCCUUCCAGGUGCGGGACGACCGGGACCUCCAAGAGCUCCUGGCCUACGUCCGCACGUUACAAGACCGGGAGGGCGAGCUCAUCGAGUCCGUCCGCGUCCUGCGGCGGAAGUACCACGCGUGCAAGGCAGAGAACCGGAACCUGGUCUGGAACAAGCUCUCGUCAAGUGUCAUCACGGACCUGCCUCCGGUCAAUUCGAAUCUGGAGGAAACGUGCGAACGGGUUGGUGUUUAUGCGCUGGGCGCGCCUUGUGGGAGAGGAGCGUCGGCCACGGUUCGCUCGGGUACGCAUACGGAGAGUGGUGUCAAUGUGGCUAUCAAAGUCGUGGAGAAGGCCGGCGUUACACGUUUUAGGGGUUUAGAACGGUUGAGGAACGAGAUCGACCACACACGCAUGUGCCACUCAUCACAUGUCGCGUCGUUGCUAGAUGUGAUCCACGCGCCGGAUCGGUUGUAUUUGGUGCUGGAGCACGGCGGCGUCGACUUAUAUAGGCACGCGGACCGAUGUGAUAUAGAUGAACUCCAAGCUAGGAACUUACUCGAACCUAUAACGCGAGCUUUAUGUAUCCUCCAGUCACAACAUAUCGUGCACCACGACCUGAAGGGCGAGAACGUCUUGAUCGAUGCCCAUAAUGUUGUAAGAUUGACGGACUUUGGGCUGUCGGAGAGGUAUGAAAGCGACCAACGAGGACGAGCGUUUUGCGGCUCGCCCGGGUUCUACGCGCCGGAGGUCGCGACGGGCGAUUAUGAUCCGUGGAAGGUGGACGUGUGGGCCUUGGGUUGUGUGGCUUUGGAAUUACUUACGGGGCGGGACUGGUUUGAAGAAUUUUGGCUGCAGCACUACCACAACUCGGACGGGAAGGUCGAUCGACUGAGAAGGAAGCUCGGGCCAGCUACUGCCGCUGCUGCUCGAUUGUUGGCCGAGCGAGGUGUUUCGGACGAGGGCGUCGCCUUCCUAUUGUCUUGUUUGAAUCCGGACGCGGAAACGAGGCCGGACGCCUCCGCCAUAUCGACGCACGGCUGGUUCUCGACAUCAUUACAUAAACGACCGCCGCCCAUCCAGGCGCCCCCAUCGACGCCGGAGAAGCCCCUGCGCAAGGCCCAGAAGCAACACGUCGUCACGCCGUCGGCGUCGCCGACGCUCGCGCUCACGACGCCUACGGUCCCGCAGCGCAAGUUCUUCCCCAUGCUGCCCGCGUCGCCGCGGCCCGCCGGCGGCUGAGCUGCCUCUCGCCCGCCCCCCUGUGCCCCCGCCCCCACGUUUAGUAAGUACCGAGCAACGCAUAUAG